AUGGGAAUAGGUGUCACCUCGCCUGGUGUCACUUUCACCGGGUGUCACCUCCUGGUGUCACCUCGCCUGGUGUCACCUCCCUGGUGUCACCCUCCCUGGUGUCACCCUCGCCUGGUGUCACCUCCCCUGGUGUUACCUCCUGGUGUCACCCCCCCUGGUGUCACCUCUCUGGUGUCACCUCGCCUGGUGUUCACCUCCCCUGGUGUCACCUCCCCUGGUGUCACCCCGCCUGGUGUCACCUCCUGGUGUCACCUCCCUGGUGUCACCUCCUGGUGUCACCCUGCCUGGUGUCACCUCCUGGUGUCACCUCCCUGGUGUCACCCUCCCCUGGUCACCUCCCUGGUGUCACCUCCUGGUGUCACCUCCCUGGUGUCACCUCCCUGUCACCCUCCCUGGUGUCACCUCGCCUGGUGUCACCCUCCUGGUGUCACCUCCCCUGGUGUUACCCUCCUGGUGUCACCUCCCCUGGUGUCACCUCCCCUGGUGUCACCCUGCCUGGUGUCACCUCCUGGUGUCACCUCCUGGUGUCACCUCCUGGUGUCACCCCGCCUGGUGUCACCCUCGCCUGGUGUCACCUCGCCUGGUGUCACCUCCCUGGUGUCACCCCCUGCCUGGUGUCACCCCGCCUGGUGUCACCUCGCCUGGUGUCACCUCCUGGUGUCACCCUCCCUGGUGUCACCCUCGCCUGGUGUCACCCCUGCCUGGUGUCACCUCCUGGUGCCCCCUGGUGUCACCCUCCUGGUGUCACCUCCCUGGUGUCACCUCCCUGGUGCCACCCCCGCCUGGUGUCACCUCCUGGUGUCACCUUCCCCUGGUGUCACCUCCUGGUGUCACCUCCUGGUGUCACCUCCUGGUGUCACCCCCGCCUGGUGUCACCUGCCUGGUGUCACCCUCGCCUGGUGUCACCUCCUGGUGUCACCUGCCUGGUGUCACCUCGGCCUGGUGUCACCUCGCCUGGUGCUCACCUCCCUGGUGUCACCCUACCCUGGUGUCACCUCCCGCCUGGUGUCACCCCUCGCCUGGUGUCACCCUCGCCUGGUGUCACCUCCCCUGGUGUCACCCCUCCUGGUGUCACCUCGCCUGGUGUCACCUCCCGCCUGGUGUCACCUCGCCUGGUGUCACCUCCCUGGUGUCACCCUCGCCUGGUGUCACCCCCCUGGUGUCACUCCCCGGUGUCACCCUCCCUGGUGUCACCCCUGCCUGGUGUCCAUCUGCCUGGUGUCACCUCGCCUGGUGUCACCUCCUGUUGUCACCUCCCCUGGUGUCACCUCCUGGUGUCACCCUCCCCUGGUGUCACCUCCUGGUGUCACCCUCCUGGUGUCACCCCUCGCCUGGUGUCCUCUGCCUGGUGUCACCCUGCCUGGCGUCACCUCCUGGUGUCACCCUCCCCUGGUCACCUCCCUGGUGUCACCUCCCUGGUGUCACCUUCCCUUGGUGUCACCCUCCUGGUGUCACCUGCCUGGUGUCACCCUCCUGGUGUCACCUCUUCCUGGUGUCACCUCCUGGUGUCACCUCCCUGGUGUCACCCUCCCUGGUGUCACCCCCUGCCUGGUGUCACCUGCCUGGGUCACCCUGCCUGGUGUCACCCUCCCUGGUGUCACUCCCUGCCUGGUGUCACCUCCCCUGGUGUCACCCUGCCUGGUGUCUCCUGGUGUCACCCCGCCUGGUGUCACCCUGCCUGGUGUCUCCUCCUGGUGUCACCUCACCCUCCUGGUCACCUCCCCUGGUGUCACCCUCCUGCCAUUAAGGCGCCUCACUUGCCUCCGAGAGCCAAAUCAUUCUCGUAACGGUUUUAUAUUCACAUGCCUUCGAACAGAAGCCCCUGGAGCUCUCUCAGGGUCUUCUACAGCACGGGGAGAAAUGUCAAUUUCCCUAAUGCAGGAAGUAAUGUGGAUGAUGGUAACUCAGCUUCAACUUCUCCUCAAUAGUUUUGCCUUGGACAGGCGAAGAAGGGAGCCUCGGUGUUAUCGCCUCGACUGUGUCUUCAACUAG